AUGCGCAAGAUACUUGUGGUGAACUCCAAGGGAGGAUGCGGCAAGACGACCAUCGCCACGAAUCUUGCAGUAGCGCUCGCAGCAAGAGGCGAGGACGUCGCGCUGGCGGAUGCCGACAAGCAGAAGUCCAGCCUUUCGUGGGUGAGGCGCCGACCGAAAAAUCUGAUGAAGAUCGAGGGGCUCAACUGGAGCAAGGAAGGCGCAAUUGGCGACAAGGGCAAGCAACUCGAUGCCGUCGUGAUCGACGGGCCCGGCGGGCUGCGGUCCGAAUUGGCGAAAAACCUGAUCGCGGAGGCCUCGGAUAUCAUUGUUCCGGUUCUGGCGUCUGCCUUCGACUGGAAUGCGACACUGAAAUUUCUGGACAACAUUUCCGAUAUCAAGAAGGUCCGAAAAGGCAAGGCGGAUAUCCAUGUCGUCGCCAAUCGGAUCAAUCGGCGAUCGACCCAGGUGUCCGACCUGGAACAGACGCUUUCAAAAAACGGGUAUCCGCUGCUUGCCCGAAUUUCCGACCGCGUAUUAUACGCACGACAUGCUGCGGCCGGAUCGGGUGUGUUCGAUUAUUCGGAUGCCGGCUCCUACGAAAUUCGCGGACAGUGGCAUCCCGUGCUGCAGGCGGUGGACAGCUAG